AUGCAGAGCGCCCUCAGGUGGUUCCAGGGCCCUGACAAGGCCCUUGGGCCAGGCUCCACGACUGCGGUCGCCCAGACCAGCGCUAGCCCCAAUGCCCUCGCCCGGCCUGCCCACCACCGCGCCACUGCAAACGCCAGUGCCAGCAGCACUACCAGCACCACCAGCACCACAGCGAGUGCCACGGCCAGCGCCAGCGCCAGCGCCAGCACCAGCACCAGUGCCGAAGCGGCCUUGGCUGCCUGUGCCGCCUCGUCCGCCCUCGCCGAGUCCAUGUCGCCAGCUUCGCUCAACUCGUCGUCACAGUCAUCUUCGCCCCAACCAGCGACUCCCCCCGACUUCUUCCACGCUUCAUCGGCCGCAUCGUCUGCGUCUGCGCUUGCGCCUGCAUCGCUCUCCGCUGCUUCUACUCAGUCUACACAGGCCUCCGGCUUCUCGCCCGCCCCCGCACUGCGCGCUGACCAAGACGCCUCAGCGCCGUCGCCAUCCUCGUCCUCGUCCUCAUAUUCCUGGACCGCCGCCCUUCGCCAGACCAAGCAGAGCCCGCAGCCCGACAAGCUCUUCGCCCUCCCCCAACUCGACGCCAACAUCGACAUCGACCUCGACCUGAGCGAUUGCGACGACGCCGCCAUGACUACUGGCCCGGGCCUCGAUGCUGCCAUGGGCCGCCCGCGGCAGGACUCGUUUGUCAGCGCCGGCCCGAAGCCCAUCUCCAUGAACAUCCAGAACCGCGACAAUGUCAACCGGAACCGUCGCGAGAGUCUUGCCGGCAGCCUCAUGGGCGGCAUGAGCUGGGGCGGCAUGUCCUUUGGCAGCUUUGUCCGAGACGACAUCAUGAUGCAAGGGACCUCGCCGUUUACGGGCGGCGCCCACCAGUCCCCCUCGUUUCACUCCUCGUCCUACCUGCCGAAGCUCGAGGCCAGUUUUAUGCGUGACUUCACAUGCUGUGGCAAGAUUUUGCCUAACCUGCAUGACUUGCUUCAGCACUACGAAGAGGCCCACACACAAGCCAGCCCCGGCGCCGUCAGGAACAGUGCCUUCAACCAAUUUGGUGCAUUGGGCAUUCAAGGAUCUCCCAAGAUGCCCAACUCGAGGACGACCCCGGCCCCUGGCCAAGGCUCACAACAACUGGGACAGCAGCGCCAGAUGGGUGGCCCCGGUCUUCAGAUCGGCGGAUCUCAGCGACUCGGCAGCUCCAUGCUGCAGAUGUCCACCUCCAUGAGCAACAACAUGAGUGACGAAAUGGAUGCUGUUGCUGAUAUGGAGAUGGAUGACGCCUUAGGCGCCAUGGACAUGGACGACAGCCAAAAGAUGCACCAGACCCGGCAGCUAUUUGGCCAACAGCAGCGGCCGCAACUAAACAUGAACACCUCUGGAAUUACCCAGGGCCUCCGAACGUCGCAGCCGCCUACGCCCGCCGCCCAGAGCUUUGGGUUCCAGAACAACCCUACCGUUUCCUCCGUCAAUACCCCCACCCUCAUGACACAGCAGCAGAUGCCGCAGCAGCAGUCUCAGCAGAAUGACGUGGAUGAGGACCUACCUGGCAUGCCCAUGGGCGGCGACGCCACUGAUCUUGGCGAUAUGACAUUCGGAAACGGCAACAACAAUGACGGCAACGACUCCAAUUUCUGCAUCAAUGAUCCUGGCAAGCACCUGUUCAGCCCCAACGGCGCAUUCCCGCAGGGCAACCGAUCCAUACAAGCACAGCUCGCCCAGCUCGGUUUGACCCACGGCCAGUUUGCCGAUCCCGAGGCCAACAAGGUCCUGCUUGCUCGAUUGCAGAGCAUGAUGAUGCCAGAGGAACACAAGCCCUUCAAGUGUCCCGUUAUCGGCUGCGAGAAGGCGUACAAGAACCAGAAUGGACUCAAGUAUCACAAAGCUCACGGCCACCAAACCCAACAGCUACACGAGAACGGUGACGGAACCUUCUCCAUUGUGAACCCAGAAACAAGCGCUCCUUAUCCAGGUACCCUGGGAAUGGAAAAGGAGAAGCCCUUCAACUGCGAGACGUGUGGCAAGCGAUACAAGAAUCUCAAUGGCUUGAAAUAUCACAAAUCCCACUCUCUUCCCUGCAACCCUGAGUUUAAGCUUCAAGCACUGGCCGCUGGCCUGAAUUUGCCGGGCAUCGGAGAGGACGUGAUGCUGCACUCGAUUCCGGCGUCGUGUUGAUCCUUGUGGGGGUGCCCUCCCCCUGGCUAUGAUCAUCGCGCUCUCCAUGCCUUGUGCUGUCCGCUUGUGCUCUGCGCUCAGCCACAUGUAUAUGCACUCCUCUUCUGCCUUGACAUUUUUAUGGCAUAUGGCGACGGCGUUUUUCCCCGGGCUGGUUCCCUGAGAAGCAUGGGUUCAAGGCUGGCAGUUUCAUAGAUGAUCGCCUCUCCUCCUAAUUGAGGUUCCCACAUGGAUGGCGCGCUCACCAACCCCUCACCUUACGCGCAUCACCGAGCAGAUCUUGCCUAUCAUCGGACGGUUGCGAAAUACUAUCGGUGAUGGUGCACGUUUUCCUCGGGCCAUACAUCCAGAACUGGAAGGACCUUAUCAUGAUCAUCGAAUAGUACUGAGGCUCCUUUUUUCGACUCAAUUAUUCAUGGCGUUGUUUCUAUUGCAGUACGCUUUCUAUAGACAGCCGAUUGGCACAGCGAACAAAACCUUCUGCUCCCUACAAACAAAAGGAAAAAAAAGCUCGUUCAAAAAGAGGAUGCAUGGGGAAAGAUGCUAUGGCCUAAAAUGGCAAAGGGAAAAAGGGAAGAAGAAAAAGAAGAAAAAAAAUUGGAAGAAUGCUUUUAUGAAUUUGUAUGAUUGGGGGUUUCUUGUCCUUUAUGCUGUGUUUCUUGGAGAAUCGGUAAUGCAUUGGACGCAAAAUUGGGUGUUUUUUUUUCUUACUGCUUUUACUCGGUAUGGUUAUUUGAUGGUUGUUGAUUUUCGGUUUCUUUUCCCAUUACUACCCUCUUAUGUUUUACACGGCUGGAUUGCUUUGCUUUUUUACACACUGCUCUCCUCACUCAUUACCCUGCCAUGGAUAAGUGGGAAUGGCAAUCUGUUGUGGGUUUUCUUGGGAAGGGCUUUGGAGAAAAUUCUUGGGUGGUGGAACAAAACAAAAAAGGGAAAUGGGAGAUACAUAAAAAGUUGCGUUUUGUUACUUGAUCAUUUACUCGUUUUCUAUUUCUUUUUGCUUUCUUAAACAGGGACGGUCAUAGAGAGAAUCUAAGGGAAAAGGGGGAGCUAAUCUUUUGCUCUUUUGCUUUUAUUUUUCAAAGUGUGAGAGGAAAAAGGUCUGUUACAUAGAUUAAUGUUCAGCUUUUUUUGUCUGCCAUGCUUGUGCUGUCUCGUGCCUGUCCGGGUAUAUCCUUGUGUGCCACGCAUUGUGUUUGAGAUAAGGUUGGCUGCUGUCCCUGUCGGAACGAGGGCACAUCCUUUCCGUAUUGAGGCAGAUGGGCAAAGGUUCCUGUCAAGGUUGUUUCAUAUACGUGCGACUUCGCUUCCAUGCAAGUGAGGCUGGCUGCUUGGGUGAGCCGCGUGGGAUGGCGCUUGUAAUCCUCCGGUGUGUCACGGAUAAUUAGAGGAAGGCGGAAGCACGACAAGGGGGGGGGGGGGGGGGGGGAAGCAAGAGUAUAUCAUGGUCUAUAGAUAUCGAUCGAAUAGCUGGCUACCUAGUACGCUUCAUGACUUCAUCACAAGCAUACCGUCAAGACAAGUGAAGCAACCAACUCCCUGAAAUGCUCGAACAAGGAAAGGAAAGGAAAAGGAAAGGAAAAGGAAAAGGGAAAAAGAAAACCCGCAUGUACAUAAAACAGGAGAGAAAAUAAAACACUCAUAUCCUCAUGCGUAAUGCCUAAUGAGCAACCAAGCAAAGCUCAUAUGGUCUCACUGAAUACGCUUCAGCCUUCGUCUCAGAGGCUCAUGGUGAUCAUGGCCUGGAAACAAGGUAACCCAAACCGACAUACGCGCGCUGCGCGACAGAUGCCGUCUAGAUUACUGUAUGCACCAUUCAUGUUUACGAUAUCUCCACGUCUUCGUCAUCGUCAUCGACCUCGGAUUCGACGAUCUGCAUCUGGCUACUGCUGCUGAUGCUCUCCUUGCGGGUGCCAUGACCAGUGCCGUCGCUAUACCGGCCCGAUACGCUCCCCCACUCAAGGUCGUCGCCCGCGACCACUCGGCCCUCCAUGUCGAUCUCCUGUGACAGCUCGACCAGAGCGUUGCGGGGGAGGCGGAGGAAGCCCUGUGUGCGGACAAUACGACCCCAAUGCGUCAUGCAGAACGUUGCCGCUCUUUUGCGAAGCCAUUCCUCGCUCGCUAGUCCCGAGCAGUACCAGAUGACGCAGGCGUGC